GGUUACUCCAUUUUGCUCCCAUUUUGGCUGAAAUGCCCUCCUGCACCUCCCUCCUCUUCCCCUUGUCUCCCAGUAACAAUCUGUCUCACAUGAGCCAACGGAGAAGGAUGUGCGCCCUGACCUGACCCGUGCGAGAGGACAGGUGCAUCCCUGCGUUAGGAAUAAACAGGGGAGGGUCCUUUGUUCGGCGCACGCCCUUCUGCAGAAGUGAAGAGCCUUGUCGAGGUCUCCCCGUUCGUGUGUCUCAUUUUUGACACUGACCAUGGGAGCCACUCCCCAACAUGGCAGCCGUGAAAAUAGCUUGGAAUAAGGAGAACGAAAACAGAGAGAUGAGUUACAAGACUGAAAGGUGAGGUAAUGUGGCCCAGAGAGGAGGCAAUGCACAAGCAGCCCUAUAAACCUGAAGGCUGCUUCCUCUGUCCCACCCCUUCCGCCGCGGGGGAGGGGGGCCCAUUCCAAGAGGCUCCCCAGGCUGACGCCGGACCACACAGGAGAGCAGGCAGGAGGGCAAGGCAGGCGGAGGCUGGGGAGGGUAGGCAAAAUUAUGGAGCCUGGAGCUACACAGGUCAUGGUGUGUGUCACUUUUAAAGGAUCAAGUCAAACACCUUUGAAAAAUUCUGUGUAAGCUGGAAGCUCUUGUAUUGAAUUUCAAUGUGAUUUUUUUCUUCUGAGCCUUUGAUGGAGAUUAAAAAUUUCCAUAUGAAUACAAGAAUGAAACAACACUUCUUCUAUGCUUUUUUUCUCCCCUUUUAAUGUGACAAACCAGUGUGGGCAGCAAAUGUUCCUUGGCCCCCUCUGGUGGAAAACAAGGCCGUCCCCUUUGAACAUGACAGAGCACAGACAGCUGGGGGACUUCAGAGCCAUGGCCGUUCAUCUUGCAGCCCAACAGAACGGUCGCCGCAAGAGGCGAGCCAGCAAGUCUUGGCUCGCGGCGCCUUCGGCAGAAGCCCUUGAGGAGAUGAGCAACCACCUGAGGACAGUACCUGCAGCAGUCCUGCCAGGUGCCACCUGCCUCUGCUCGUGCCGGGCGAUCAGGCCACCGCAAAAUGGAGGGCGAAAGUACCCUUCCUGCUCCCUACCCGCAGAAGAAGUAGCUCAAAGCUCUGCCAAGAAGGACAGGCCGCAGGCAACCACUGCGAACAUCCUGACCUCGGGGCUAAGGAUCAGCAGCUGGACCCAAUAUCCUGGGCCUCGGCAGCCUCACUGUGUCCCUUCCCUCUCACACGCAGCCUUACCAGAGACACCCGCCUCGUCUCACGAGACGAUGGCUCCUAGAAAUAAGAAAUUACCACGGAGACCAGCAGCUGUGACUCCUAGCUACAAACAACUCCGUCAAAUGAAAAAAACAAAGGCCACACACAAUGGCACAUGGAAAUUCUGAGGCUAGGCGUCAAGUUAGAACGACGGCUGCCAGCCUACACCACAACCACAGCAACACGGGAUCCGAGCCUCGUCUGUGACCUACACCACAGCUCAUGGCAAUGCCAGAUCCUUAACCCACUGAAUGAGGCCAGGGAUCGAACUCGAAUCCUCAUGGAUCCCAGUCAGACUCAUCACUGCUGAGCCACGACAGGAACUCCGCAUUACGGGCAAUAUUUUUAAAAUAGUUUUUGAAUCUCUCAAGGCUCACAUUCAUAGGCCCAUCUUGCUUUACUUCCUGCGGCAUCACUCUCUUGAUCCUACUUCUGAGACUUGUUUCCCCUAAAAUAUUUUGUUUUCAGGAUUUUUCUU